ACAUUAGUCAAAGGUAUACUUAACAAUUUAAACAUCUCCAUGCAUAGCAAGUAUUGGAAAUUUUUCAUCAAACGCUUGUUUCAGCACUCGUUAAACAAAAUGUCGAUCAUUGCCACAGAAUCAGAAAGUGUUCAACUUCAGACCAACGAUGGAGUAAUUCAUACAGUGAGCAUCGACUGUGCUCUACAGAUGUGCCCCGUGCGCAAUAUGAUAAUGCUGGAGAGACAGCGAAAUUUGUACACAAAUGACGUUAUCCCGCUACCGAGAGUCGAUGCCAAAAACCUCAGAUUUAUAAUCAAGUGGUGGUCAUCUGUGCAGGAUCUAGAAGAAAGUGUUGGGACUAUGGGCAAAAAACAGCUUAUACAGUUGCUAACGGAGGAAAAUGCCAGCCAUGAUUUUCUAAUGCAAGUCAUCCUUGCUGCAAACUACCUUCAGAUGAAAGAUUUGUUGAAGGCCACCACUCACGUCCUGGCAGAUGCUUUAAAUGAAUGUGAAAGUGUCGAGGAGAUACGCAAAAAGUUUAAUUUGUAAUGCAGACUAAAAUUAUUUAUGUUAAAUAACAAAUCAGCGGAAUUAAGGAGAUCAGCAGGGCGUAAAAAAUAUUCUUUUGUUUCAUGAAAAUGAUGAGUAUUGUACAAAUUUACAGUUCUAAAAACCUUACUUCGUCUGCUGAAAUAAAGAGAAUAUAUGUUUACACUAA